AUGCCUCCCAAGAGAAAGCCAACCGACUCCACCGCCAGCAGCGCGAAGAAGUCCAAGGGCCCAGCAGCAAACAGCCCUGAAGUAGACAUGGAAACCGAGCGCGCACUGGACAAGCGCUGGGCCCCCGUCUCUGUAUCCCGUAACGCAGAAUCGGAGUUCAGAUUACGAACCCGCGACCCCGUCAAGGCUUUCAGUUACGUAUGUCUGGGAUGCGCGCCUUGGAAGACCCAAAUUACAGACGACGAUUCUGAGAAUGAGGAAGACGAGGAGUUUAUAGAGCAGAAGAAAAAAGACGAUCUGGCGGACGAAGCCACUACCCUCAAGCCUGCUUCCGAGCAUCCAGGAGAAAAAUGGAUAUUCACAAACGCCGGUCUGGCUAAAUGGAUGGCACUGAAGCAUGGUACUGCCGUGCGCGACCCAGACAACUUCGAGAUGUAUGUCUACAAUGACUUCUGUGGAUAUGCGAUUAUGGAGCUGGUGGAGAACCUGCUCCUUGAUUUUGAGGAGGCCGCCGGUGAUUGGAAAAUGCAGUGGGCUAUCUGUGAAGCGACGGCGUUAUAUUUCCAAAUGGAUUCUUUCAUGCCGAUGAUUGGCUGCGACGACGGAGAUGGCGUCAAGGCGGUGUGCAUCGCCUUCGCCACCAUGUUCCUAAGUAUGCUUGCCACUCUGGAACGAAACGAUCUCUUCAAGCCAGACUCGGAGGUAAAGAACCUCGGAGCCGUCAUCGGUCUGUUCAUCCGCUUCAUUGUGGAUGUCGAACAGUACGGUAUCGACUGGGAUAGCCACGAUGCGAAGACCAAGGCUUAUGCCGCCAAGCACGAUGUCACAGUUCACGGCUUGAACCAUGAGCGCUAUGAGAAUUCGUCUGGUGAGACGGUUGAUCUUCCCGAGGCUACCGCGGGUGCCAAUGAUCCCUGGGGUUGGCGAAAGAUAUUAGCAAAGCUGAAGAAGGACAAGAAUGGACAGCUAGGUGGUGAUUCAAAGGACAUCACGUCUUGGACUCCUGCAGAGCGCAAGAAGUAUGCCUUUGACAAGAAGGAUCCCAUUCCCCGGAGUGCCUUGACUCAUAUCAAGAAUGGCAGGAUUAUGGAGAUGGGUGGCUGA